CAUCGUGAUUUUUUCCAAGUUAAAGGCCUGCCUAUUUGACUAUUUCGUAAAUGAUUCCAUAACAUAUCUAGUACUAUAACACUAUACAGUGUCUUCACGGCGGCGAAAGAAAAAAAAAAAAGGCUUCAACGGCCUUUGAGUAGUUGUUUCUGGCUCUGCGCCGCGCUGUCUCUCUAAAACAGCCUGGUUAAUCUCGGAUGAUAGAGACAUUUUGACUUUCUCUUUCAAUGACUACACGAAGAAAUGGCCUUUCCAGCGGUGAAGGACCAAACUGGAUUCUAAUUGCAGGGGGUGCCUUGUUGAGCACAUUGUCGAUUCGCUUUGGCUACAAAUUAAAGCAGUCUAUUGACUCCAAACCUCCUCAUUCCAAUGCCACUGCUGGAUUUAAACCCAAUGGUACAUCUGACAGAGGAAGAUCUCUGGGAUGCUGCUUGCAUUCUAAUGUAUCUCCCUGUGAACGGAAUAAUGAUUGUUGCUUCCACUGCACUCCCGGAACUGAGAAUGGGGAAGGAAAUCAUGCUACAAAUGAGCAAACGGCAGUGUCCAGUACUUCUCUGCCUAUUGUGACAGUUCCUGCUUCAUCAUAUAGCAAAGAGAAUGCAGGCAUGUGGGCAUCUUCUCCUGAUCACCUGGAAGUGCCCAUGAAAGCAUACCAUCAUCAUUCGACCUGCUCAGAUUCUCCUUGCGUAUCUGAAUCCGGCUCAGACAUCUUCAGCAAGCGAGAAGUAAUACAGAAACUGAGGCAACAGCUGAAGAGACGUGACGACAUGAUAGUUGAAAUGCAGGAACAGAUUCUAGAGCUGCAAAACUCCCUAAACGCCCAGAUGGGACACUCUAGCCAGGUCCAAACACAGCUAGACGCAACAAACAGGGACCUGUUUGAAUCAGAAAGAGAAGUCCAGAGGCUGAGAAAGGCGAUCGCUGAUCACUGCGUGGGACACACAGGUAGCAAUGGUUGGAGUGGCGAUGUGAACAGCGAAAACAACUACGAGUCACCAGAAAAUGGAAUAAGGGAUGGAGAAAGAAUAGAGAUGUUGAGAAAAGAAGUGGGUGAGCUUAAAGAAGUGAUAGAUGGGAAAGAGUAUCUACUUAGGAGCUAUAAGGAGCAGAAAACGGAGCUUUUGCAGAAAGUCAAAGAGUUGCAGCAGAGACUGGAUUCACAGCUCCCAAACAUUUUGUAGGCGAAGAAGGUUAGGCAUUGUGCAUUCUUACUACUCUCUCUUGUUUCCCCGAGAAAAAAUAUGAAUCUUUGUUCAAAAAUAUUUGGACUUCCCCGGGGAAACUUGUCUUCUGACUACGUUGUUUUGGCCUUUGUUUUGGGUGUCAAUUAUGAUAAUUUAUCGAUUGUUUUUUUCUCUUGGUGAAGUGGAAGUUCGAAAGUUGCAAGCUCAUACUAUGUCGUUCGUGUCUCAAGGCUAAAUGUAGAAUUUCAGUUGGAAGUUUUUUACAAGAAA